CCCUCAAAACCCAAACUUCCUUACCUCUUUCAAAAACAAAACUUGACAUUUAAACUUUCUAUUUAAUUAUUUGUCGUCCAAGAAAAAACCUGUCUUUUUUGUAUGUUCCUUCCACAGAAAGAGAAAGAGAGGAAUUGCUUUAAACUUUUCUCUCCCUUUUCUCUUACAUCUCUUCCUCUUGGGGUUUCUUUAUAUGUACGAAAAAAAAGAAGGAAUUGAAGAUAAAUUUGUGGGUUUCUGAGUUUUUGAGGAGCUAAGAUGUUGGGUUGUGAAUGUUUCUGUUGGCAUCAACAUAUUGAUGUUGAGUUUCCUUCCCUUCAGCCUCGGCCUUACUCUUUGCCUUCUCCAAUCCCACAAUGGCCUCUAGGUCAAGGAUUUGCUACAGGAAAAAUUAACCUAGGAGAAUUGGAAGCGAUUACAAUUACGAAAUUCGAGAGUGUAUGGAGCUGCAGCUUGUUGGGAGGUAAAGAGAAAGGUGUCACAUUUUAUAAACCUGUGGGGAUUCCGGAUGGAUUCUUCUGUCUUGGUUAUUAUUGUCAGGCAAAUGACCAGCCGUUGAGAGGGUAUGUCCUUGCCGCUCGGGAGAGGGAACCCUCGAGUCCGGAAGUUUAUUGUGACUAUGACUCUGAUACAGACUUCCCUGCACUAAGAAAGCCUGUUAACUACUCGUUGGUUUGGAGUACAGAUUAUGGUAAUGGUUUUGGUUUCUUCUGGCUGCCGAACCCGCCUUUGGGAUACAAAGCGAUGGGAAUUGUGGUUACCGACACCCCAAGUGAGCCUUGUGUGGAAGAAAUUAGGUGUGUCCGAGAAGAUCUUACCGAGACUUGUGAAAUUAUGGACACCUUGCUUGCCACUGAUGCAAACACGUUUCAGGUUUGGACCACAAGACCUUGCAAAAGGGGAAUGUUCUGCAGAGGUGUUUCCGUUGGGACAUUCUUCUGCUGCACAUACUUUGUUUCCGAAGAUCAAGAGUUGGAAAUUGCGUGCUUGAAGAAUCUUGAACCUUCAUUACAUGCAAUGCCGAAUUUGAACCAAAUCCAUGCACUCAUCAAGCACUACGGUGCAACAGUUUUCUUUCAUCCCGAUGAAGAUUGUAUGCCGUCUUCCGUGCAAUGGUUUUUCAAAAACGGGGCACUAUUGUACGAAGAAGGCAAGCUUAAAGGUGAACGUAUUGAUUAUUCGGGUUCUAACUUGCCUAGUGGAGGGGGAAACGAUGGUGCAUUUUGGAUAGAUUUACCAAGGGAUGAUAAUGCAAGAAACAAUGUUAGAAAUGGAAACUUGGAAAGUGCAGAGCUCUAUGUUCAUGUAAAACCAGCAUUGGGUGGAACAUUUACUGAUAUUGUCAUGUGGAUAUUUUGCCCCUUCAACGGACCGGCCAACCUUAAGAUCGGGUUAAUGAGUAUACAAAUGAACAAAAUCGGGCAACAUGUAGGCGACUGGGAACACUUCACUCUUCGGAUUAGCAACUUCACCGGAGAACUAUGGAAGGUAUACUUCUCACAGCAUAGUGGUGGUGAGUGGGUUGAUGCGUUCAACUUGGAAUUUAUUGAAGGUAAUAAGCCAAUCAUUUACUCAUCCAAACAUGGUCAUGCUAGUUUUCCGCAUCCCGGGACUUAUCUUCAAGGGGUAGUUAAACUCGGAAUAGGAAUUACAAACGAUGCUGCUCGAAGCAAAUAUUUUGUGGAUUCAAGCACUAGGUAUCAGAUUGUUGCAGCUGAGUACAUUGGAGAUGGGGUAGUUACAGAACCAUGUUGGUUGCAGUACAUGAGAGAAUGGGGUCCAACCAUAGUAUACGAUUCGAGGUCUGAACUGGAUAAGAUAAUUAGCCUCCUCCCGUUGUUUGUUCGGUUUUCGGUGGAGAACAUCUUUGACAUGUUUCCAACGGAGGUUUACGGCGAAGAAGGGCCGACUGGACCGAAGGAGAAGGAUAAUUGGCUAGGAGAUGAAAGAUGUUAGCUUCACCACAUAUACCAUCAUUGCAUUAAAUUGAAACAUUGCUUUCGAGUGUACAAAUCAUACUGGGUAAUGGUUUCGUUGUAUUCUUAGGCCUG